AUGAACGGGGAGACCUGCGUGUCAUAUUGUGAGAUAACCAGCAUGGAUUCGUAUUAUAACACAGCUCCGCAGGGGAGAGAACACCAACACUCUCCGUUUCGAACAUUCCAGCCAAGUGACAAGUUCGGCCCCAACUUCCUGGCCAACAAAGGCCAAAGUUAUGGUGACAAGUCGAGAAACCCUUUCCACCAGGAAUGCGAGUCACUGGAUACCAACGUUCAAAACCCCAUCGGCGACAGCGCCUUUAACAAAUAUCUCUAUAUGCAGAGCGCUGGACGGACGGCGAGGUCCCCUGUUCAAAACAAGAAGAUUCAAGAAGCUAGCCCCAACGGCGCCUUGAUACCCUGCUACGGUGAGUCAUCCCUUGGGGGAACUUCAUCUGAGUUGCCCCAGAGCUCAGAGCCUGCAGUGAUGGAGAGCCCCUACCUCAGUGUGAAAGAGGCAGCGAUGAAAGGACGCAACAGUGAGCUGCCUAAUGCCAUGGAGAAAGGCGACAACGACAGCAACAAGGGCAAGAAACGCAGGAACAGAACCACCUUCACCAGCUACCAGUUGGAGGAACUGGAAAAGGUUUUCCAGAAGACGCAUUAUCCCGAUGUCUAUGCGAGGGAACAGCUCGCACUGAGAACGGACCUAACAGAAGCCCGAGUGCAGGUUUGGUUUCAGAACAGAAGAGCUAAAUGGAGGAAGAGAGAACGCUUUGGGCAGAUGCAACAAGUUCGGAGUCACUUCUCCACUGCCUAUGAACUACCCAUUUUAACUAGGGAGAACUAUGCACAGAUUCAAAAUCCAUCUUGGAUUGGUAACAAUGGUGCCUCCUCUCCAGUGCCAGCCUGUGUUGUGCCCUGUGAAACAGUAACAUCUUGCAUGUCCCCACAUGCACACGCACAUGCUCCAGCUGGGGUAUCCGACUUCCUGGGUGUUUCUGCCCCUGGCAGCCAUGUGGGACAGGCACAUAUGGGUGGUCUCUUUGGCACCGCUGGGCUUGGGGCUGCUAUUAACACAUUUGACAUCAGUAAUGAACCAGAUCGAAAGUCAUCCAGCAUUGCAGCCCUAAGAAUGAAAGCCAAGGAGCACAGUGCUGCAAUAUCUUGGGCUACAUGA